AUGGACAGACUCCGCAGACCAGAAUCCUUCGAUGAUGUGUCUGCAGAGGGGCUGUUCCGUGCCAGCACCGUGCCGGCGAUCCUCGCCAAGCAGGGAGCCAUCUUCAUGCAAGGUUUGCCAGGUCUCCUCGAAGCAGGUGGCUUUCGCUCUGCGAAGAUUCCGACAAAGCAGGAGGUGCUUCAAGCAGGAUCCUUCAUCUUCGAAUCCUCUUCCUGCGCCGACUCGCAGGUGGACGUUUUUGUAAGCCAUUGCUGGAGCUCGGGCCGGGCGAAGUUUCUGGCGCUGUGCCUCUACUUCAACCUGACAGCAGCUGUCCUCUGCUCCCUGACUGCCUGGCUUCUGGCUAUAGCGGGCAUGAUCGCCUACGUGCAUGGAGAACCCGCAAAGCUUGGGGGCAACCACUUCUUGCUGCCCAUCUUGGUUCACUUUCCGAUCGUGGUUUUUCUCGUGGUCUUUCUUUUCGGCCAGCAUGCUGUGCAUCGCUUGCGGCCCAUAUCGGUGUGGGUGGACCGGGCAUGUAUUCACCAGACAGACCACGACUUCAAGCAUCGUCAGAUCCAAGCGCUCCCUGUCUUCGUUUCCCGGUCCUCCUCCAUGCUGGUGCUGUGGGAUGACAAAUACUUCCGAAGGCUUUGGUGCCAGCUAGAAUUGGCUACCUUUGCAAAGCACGGUGGGGCUCAAGAGGUACAGUUCUUGCCGCUUUGGAUGGCACCGUGGCUGCUGUCAGCACUUGUGGUGAAUUCUCUGGUGGCUGUUCUCUGGAGCAUGCUGAAUUAUCGAAGGCCUCAAGAAUUCCUCAUGUCUAUCACAAGCUCCUGUACCAUGAUGUUGCCACAGGGCUUCCUUGAUUCGCCAUGGGGUUUUUUGGUGUCAGACACGAUUUGGAGUGUGCUGCUUGGCACGACUUUGGGCAUGCUUGCAUCGAUUCCUUGGACCAUCGCCUGCAGAGCCAAACUGCAAAGCCACGAGUUGAUGCUGCAGCAGAUGGCUUCCUUCGAAUGUCGGGCAGCAGAAUGCACGAUAGAGGCUGACCGGCUCCUUGUGGAACCGCAGGUCCAGACACUUUUCAAGUCGCGACACAAAGAAGAACCGGUGGUUCAGGCGGCAUCCUCUCCUGGAACCUACGAACACCUGCAGACAGAAUCGGGUGCCGAUAGUAGUGUUGCAUCCUGGGUGCCAUCCACUACAUACCAGGUUGGUUCCGAGACUACGGCGAUCCUACACAACAGUGUGGCCAGCGCUGAAACUGAUCAGGAAGCAUUGGACGCUUUCAACAGCUACAUUCGUGGUCCCCUUCGUCGUGCGGUGAUGGAGAGUGUCGGAAACCAGCUGCAUGUGCCUUACCGCAUUUGCUUGGUAGCUGCUUUGCCCCUGAUCUUGUAUUCCCCUGUGGAUCUUCUCCAAUGCGAUGUCGAUUGCAGGUCCCGCUUGCAUGUCCCCUCCCUCGAGGACGGCUUCCGGUCGGAGAUGUUAAGCUGGUUUGUUGUCAUAUUUUUGGUGUUUCCCAUCUUCUGUCCGAUUCUUCUUCGCAUGCUGAAGCAUGCCUUCACCGUCCAAUCACAGAAGUUGCAACAGGUGUUGGCAAUUCUCAGCGCCGUCUUGACCUUUACCUAUGGUUAUCUGUGCGCUGGAGUGGUGGAUGGACUUGUGUACAAUGUCUUCCAGCAAGGAUUGGUGGGCUCGGUGCCUGUCUUCGCUCUGCUGGUAAUCCUUCUCCUAUUGCAGCUGCGAUACCUCUUCGGCACUGGCCCAGCAGUCCCAAGCACUUCGGGAGCCUCUGCUAGCAAAGCGGGGCUUCACUUUGUCAAGGCUUUUCUCGAGUCGGUGCGGCUUAAGAACGUCUUCACUACCUGCUCUUCAUCGGACCAGGGCUGGUGGGGCGCCAUCUUCAACACCCUGGGAGGUUUGGGCUUCCUCAUUGGUGCUACGCUUGGCUUCGCCCCUGGCUAUGACUAUGAAGCGAACUUCAGCUACGGCGUCGGCUCCUUCAUCUUCGCCAUGGGGUCGGGCGUGCAAAUCGUGAUGUGGAAGGACGAGCAGUUUGGCCUCACCUUCUUGGCUGUCCUCAAUGAUGGCCGGCCAAAGGUCCUCACAAGCCAGAAGGAGCUCGAGGAGGCUUCCACCUUCACCCCCACUGGCACCAUCUUCAUCAUGAUUUACUGCUUUGCAUCAGCUUUGAGCUUCUACACCGUGACCAUCGCGUUGACGGCCGUGACACUGCAAGCUGAAGUGGGCCUGGCGCUCGUCAUUUCCAAUGCCAUCAAUGACUUCCUACCGUGCUUAUUUGCCCACAUCAUGCUGGCAUUGAACUCCGCUGUCAUCAAAUCGCCCAAGAUGUCUCCCUUCCGUCAGCUGUACUUCGCGGCGCGCAUCGUCGCGAUUAUCAUGGUCAUCAACUCUGCGUGCCGCAUCUUCGAGGCAGUCUACCUGGCCAACUGGGAGCUGCAUCACCCAGGCGAGUUCACCACAGGGGCAGAAUGCAAGCUCGCGCACCUCGCUUCCCUGUCUUGA